ACAGAGAAUCUGGGAGAUCAUUGGAAGAGGCAGCUGAAGGUUACUUGAUGGAUCUCGUUAGCAGUAACGUGGUAAUGGCUUCAAGGAGAAGAUAUAAUGGUAAAGUCAAAUACUGUCAGGUUUAUGAUGUCGUGCUUCACUUUUGCUUGAGGAAGAGUGGAGAAGACAAGUUUAUGCUACCAGUGAAGGGGCAUUAUUCCCAGUUUCAACCUUUUGAUUGGAAGGGAAGUCGAGUGGUUUUCAGUUUCAGUGAAGAGCUUAACAAGUUUGCAACUCUGGGCUUCAACACGCGGAUGCCAUUCCAUCACCACUUGAGGUCACUGAUAACGACAAAUCGAGGAAGAUUUUAUAAUUGGAAUCCCUUCCCUCAGGUUAGUGAAGUGAGACUUCUUAAGGUCUUGGAUUUGAGUUCCCUUGAUGUGGUUGAUUUGUCGUCCGCCACAUUGAAUCCACUAAUUCACCUGAAGUACCUCUCUGCUCGCACAUAUUGAUUUGAUUUUCAUCCCAAAUCACUUCUGCCCCAUCUUGAAACUUUAAUUGUGCACGGU